UACGAUUACGCCACCGAAUAAAACCGCACCGCUUUCCUUUCUCUCGCUCCGACAAUCGAAUUCUAGAGAGAGAAACUUCGUCCACCAAAAAUUCUAGAGAGAGAAAGAGACUUCAAAGACCUCCCAAUUUCAUUUUUCUCGCUCCUUUAACAAUGGCGGAUUUUAGGGUUUUGUGAGGGGGAAGGAGAUUUUGGAUUGUGAAGAUCUAGAUGGAAAUGCCUGCUAGAAGAUCGAACUACACGUUGCUAAGCCAAGUCCCCGACGACCAGUACGUCACAUCGUCUGCCGGAGCUCCGACGUCGUUUUACGAGUCUUCGUUGUCCGGCGAGUCGAAGAACAACAACAAGUUGAAGGCGGAGAGGCCGUUGGAUUGGGACGCGGUUGGUGAUCACAGAGGGAAUCGGAUCGGGAACCUGUACUCGUCGAUAGGGCUUCAGAGGCAAUCGAGUGGGAGUAGCUUCGGAGAGAGCUCGCUCUCCGGCGAGUACUACGGGCCGACGCUGUCCACGUCGGCGGCGAACGAGAUCGACGGUUUGGGAACGUACACGCACGACGACGUUUUCAGAAUCGGCGAGUUCAGAGCUAAGGCGGUGGGGAACACCGGCGGCGGGUCCUUUUCUCGGAAGAGCUGGGCCCAGCAGACGGAGGAGAGUUACCAAUUGCAGCUUGCUUUGGCGUUGCGGCUCUCGUCGGAGGCAACUUGUGCCGAUGACCCUAAUUUCUUGGAUCCCGUGCCUGACGAAUCGGCGUCGAGGUCGGGUUCCGCUGAGACCAUUUCUCAUCGUUACUGGGUGAAUGGCUGCCUGUCAUACUUCGACAAAGUUCCUGAUGGGUUUUAUCUGAUUCAUGGGAUGGACCCAUAUGUCUGGACUGUUUGCACUGAUCUUCAAGAGUAUGGUCGUAUUCCAUCAAUUGAAUCACUAAAGUCUGUUGAUCCAACCACUGAUUCUGCAAUUGAAGUAGUUUUGAUUGAUCGACGUGGUGAUCCAAGCUUAAAGGAACUCCAAAAUAGGGUCCUCGGCAUUUCUGGUAGCUGCAUAACCACAAAAGAGGUUGUUGAUCAGCUUGCAAAGCUUAUCUGCAACCGUAUGGGGGGUUCAGCUUCCACUGGAGAAGAUGAAUUUGUUCCCAUCUGGAGAGAGUGCAUUGAUGAGCUAAGAGAUUGCUUAGGAUCUGUUGUUGUUCCAAUAGGUAGCCUAUCUGUUGGCCUCUGCACACAUCGUGCUAUAUUGUUUAAAGUGCUAGCUGACACAAUUGAUUUACCGUGUCGAAUAGCCAAAGGCUGUAAAUACUGCACAAGAGAUGAUGCUUCCUCUUGUCUUGUCCGGUUUGGGCUUGAUAGGGAAUAUUUGGUUGAUUUGAUUGGGAAUCCAGGUUACUUAUGUGAGCCUGAUUCCAUGCUCAAUGGUCCUUCUUCCAUCUCAAUAUCUUCACCAUUGCGCUUUCCACGACUUAAACCAGUUGAACCCACCAUUGAUUUCAGGGCAUUGGCCAAGCAGUAUUUCUUGGACUGCCAAUCACUUAAUCUCGUAUUUGAUGAUGCUUCCACAGGAAUUGUUGUUAAUGAAGAUCCUGGGUUUUUCAUGCAUACUCAGCAGUAUGAGAGGAAGUACACAGACAAAAACAACAAUACUCUGAUUUCAAGUGAUAAUGAUGAAAAUUCUCACUUACCUCUGCAUCCAAAAGUUUCUCAACCAAGUGCUCAGGAUCGAGAUUCUGAAAUGUUCCAAUCGUGUAAUCCUUCUCCAAAUAUUACACACUCAACAGCCAUUGGCAAAGAUACAACCCGUCUUAAACAUAUCCCACCUGUUGGGCAUAUGAGGGUGGAUACUAUUAAGGAUUCAAGAUUCAGUGAGGGAGCUCAGCUGGUUUCCGGUAAACCAAGUAAAGAGCUUUCUAUUGAGGUAGAGGAAUUCGACAUUCCAUGGAGUGAUCUUGUUCUAAAAGAAAGAAUUGGAGCAGGUUCUUUUGGAACCGUUCAUCGUGGUGACUGGCAUGGUUCGGAAGUUGCUGUGAAGAUUCUCAUGGAACAAGACUUUCAUGCUGAAAGAUAUAAAGAAUUUUUGAGGGAGGUUGCAAUAAUGAAACGACUACGGCAUCCGAAUAUUGUUCUCUUUAUGGGCGCAGUCACUCAGCCCCCAAACUUAUCCAUAGUAACAGAAUAUUUAUCAAGAGGUAGCUUGUAUCGACUUUUGCAUAAGGCUGGUGCAAGAGAGAUGUUGGAUGAGAGGCGUCGUUUGAACAUGGCUUAUGAUGUGGCAAAGGGAAUGAAUUAUCUUCAUAAGCGCAACCCUCCCAUUGUUCAUCGAGAUCUAAAAUCUCCAAAUCUUCUGGUUGACAAAAAAUAUACAGUGAAGGUUUGUGAUUUUGGUCUUUCCCGACUAAAGGCAAGCACAUUUCUGUCAUCAAAGUCAGCUGCUGGUACGCCUGAGUGGAUGGCCCCAGAAGUUCUUCGUGAUGAGCCAUCAAAUGAGAAAUCAGAUGUUUAUAGCUUUGGUGUAAUCUUGUGGGAGCUUGCAACAUUGCAACAGCCAUGGAGUAAUUUAAAUCCAGCACAGGUCGUGGCAGCUGUUGGCUUUAAGGGAAAAAGGCUUGAGAUUCCACGUGAUUUGAAUCCCCACAUCGCUUCAAUGAUUGAGUCUUGCUGGGCCAAUGAGCCCUGGAAACGUCCUUCUUUUGCAAGUAUAAUGGAAUCUUUGAGGCCAUUGAUUAAACCUUCCACACCUCAACCAGGUCGUUCAGACAUGACUUUGCUUACCUAAAGGGUUGGAAGACUGUCUUAUUCAUGCACAUAAUACAGCAUUCUUAUGAGGUUUGAUGAUGUCUGACAUGAAACACAAGCUGUUCAGAUUGCCUCAGAACCACUGUUGUACAUGUCUCUUCUAAUUGGUAUUCAGAACCCUAUUUUUUGCGCAAAGCAAGACUGCCUUCCUAGAAUAUUGUUUGUUAGGUCAUUCUAUUGCCAUAAAGGGAAAAUUGUACAAUUCUUUUCAUAAUUUUGUGUGUAAAGAGUUAGAAUCAGUUAAUGGGAAGCAGCUUUGCCGGCAUUGUACACCAGAUGAGCAGUCUCCACAUGUAUAUAUACUUACCAAUUGUGAAAUGUAGUCAAUUAGUUAGCAGGUCCAUGUUUUUCCUCUCCACCUGUUAGAGUACAAACAGUAAAAUUAUCAAAGUCUUUGUCACUAUAAGAGUUAUGCAAUA